GUUUCAAUUUGGAGAACCGGUUUACAUACCAAUUGGUAAACCGAAUGCUUACAAGUUGCAAGUAAUUAAACAUUGAGAAUGAGAGUUGGUUGGUGAGUUGGUUUUUUAUCAGUUAGACGCCUGAGAAGCUUUCAAGCCAAAGCAGAGGAAGAAGAAAGAAAGUAUGCAGAUUCAGUGCAAAACCCUAACUUUCACUUUUUCCCCUAUUUCUUCUAACCAUAAGCUGCCAUUCCCAUCUCCAAUCAAUUUAAGGGCAUGUAAGCCUCCAUUCCCGAGUUUCAGGAGCUCUGUUAAGUCUCACAAGUUUAUAAGAAACUGUUCAAGUCCUAAUCAGGAGCUUGUUGUUGAUGGAGUCAACGGAAAUGGCUCGAUUUCACGGGACACGGAGGAGGUGACUGAGCUUGUACAAGAGGCGGCUGAGGUGGAAGUAGAAGAAGUGAAGAAGAUAGAUGAUUUAGCAGAUCAGAGUAUUUGGGGACAGAUGAAAGAGAUAGUCAUGUUUACGGGACCUGCUGCUGGACUGUGGAUAUGCGGUCCCUUGAUGAGUCUCAUUGACACCGCCGUCAUUGGUCAAGGAAGCUCUGUCGAACUCGCUGCUUUAGGUCCUGCAACCGUCGUCUGUGAUUAUUUGUCUUAUACUUUCAUGUUCCUCUCAGUUGCCACUUCAAAUCUUGUUGCCACCUCUCUUGCUCGCGGGGAUAAAGAUGAGGUACAACAUCAGAUAUCCAUCUUGCUUUUCAUCGGCUUGGCUUGUGGAGUCGUGAUGAUGGCGUUUACAAGACUAUUUGGUUCCGGGGUACUAGCUGCUUUUACAGGUGCAAAGAAUGCUGAGAUUGUCCCGGCGGCAAAUACAUAUGUUCAGAUUCGUGGUUUAGCAUGGCCAGCUGUCCUCAUUGGAUGGGUUGCUCAAAGUGCAAGCCUUGGUAUGAAAGACUCAUGGGGACCUUUAAAGGCACUGGCAGUUGCUAGUGCAAUAAACGGUGCUGGCGAUCUAGUCUUAUGCACCUUUCUAGGAUACGGUAUAGCAGGUGCAGCUUGGGCAACUAUGGUGUCUCAAGUUGUUGCAGCUUAUAUGAUGAUGGACGCAUUGAAUAAGAAAGGAUACAACGCUUUCUCACUCUGUGUUCCUUCUCCAAGUGAACUCUUUACCAUCAUUGGGCUGGCUGCCCCAGUCUUUAUGACUAUGAUGUCAAAGGUUUUGUUUUAUUCGCUCCUUGUGUACUUUGCUACAUCAAUGGGAACAAGCGUGAUAGCUGCUCAUCAGGUUAUGCUUCAGACAUAUAACAUUUGUACAAUUUUGGGGGAGCCUCUCUCUCAAACUGCACAGUCCUUUAUGCCUGAGUUGUUAUUCGGAAUCAAUCGCAAUUUGCCUAAAGCCAGAAUGCUUCUGAAGUCACUCGUUAUCAUUGGUGCUACACUUGGAAUAGUAGUAGGAACCAUUGGCACAGCAAUUCCGUGGCUGUUCCCUACCAUCUUCACACACGACAAGGUUGUCACAUUGGAGAUGCACAAGGUCAUAAUACCAUAUUUUCUUGCUUUAUCCAUCACUCCGAGUACUCUCAGUCUAGAAGGCACCUUACUGGCUGGAAGAGAUCUUAGAUAUAUCAGCUUGUCAACUGCUGGAUGCUUGGCUGUUGCUGGGCUUUUACUUAUGCUUCUGAGCAAUGGAGGAUUUGGUUUGAGAGGCUGCUGGUUCGCUCUCGUGGGAUUUCAAUGGGCUCGAUUUUCUCUAGCCCUUGUACGUCUUCUAUCGCGAGACGGUGUACUUUACUCGGAAGAUACAAGCAGAUAUGCAGAGAAAGUGAAAGCUGCUUAGCUCAGAACGUCACCAUCUACAUCACAAUAAAAUUCCUAAAGGGAAUAGAAAACAGCUUUGUAGAUCAACGAAACUAUGUUUGAUAUUGUAUUCUUGAAGAACAGAAUAAUGGGAAAGUCUUGCCAUAAAUGGCCCUGUUUGCAGCCAUGUCCGAUCUCCUCUUCUGCUGCUUGAGAUUUAUGAGUGUUUAUAAGACCAUUUGAUAAAUAAUAUGUUUUCCUUAGACGAACCAAGUAGCAUGUUUGGU